ACGUUUUUCUUCAACGUUGAUCAUGAGCUCCUCAAAUACAGAAGAUAAGACACUAUGGUAUUCCAAUCCGGAAGCGCGGUUUUGGACGACAACCGCUCAGCCCAACGACACCAUUUUCAAGUUUCAUCGAUCACUGGUGCCUGGUCACAGUUCCACCAAACUCACAGAGCUACCUAGUGUGGCAUCUGAACUGCAGGUUUCUCGCGUAUUCAUCAAAGAUGAGUCCACAAGGAUGGGCUUGCCGGCUUUCAAGGUACUUGGUGCCUCUUGGGGCGUCUUUCAUACCCUAUGUCAGAGGUGGGACCUUGACAUCAACACUACAACGAUCGAUGUGCUGCGCAAGCAUGCUGCAGAGGAACAAUCAGGGCCCAUUGAGUUAAUUGCUGCCACUGCUGGAAAUCAUGGUCGUGCAGUUGCUCGUAUGGCCAACAUACUAAAUAUUCGUUCUCGGAUAUAUGUCCCGGAAGCGACCACGCAAAGGUCUUGCAAUUACAUUGCUUCAGAAGGUGCUGAAGUCAUUGUGGUGCCGGGUUCUUAUGAAGCAGCGGUAGAAGUAGCAAAGGAAGCGGUACAACAAGCAGGAUCCAAAGCCAUACACAUCCAAGAUGUUGCGUGGGAUGGUUAUGAAAGUAUUCCUAUGCAUAUAGUGGAUGGCUAUUCUACGUUGUUUCGCGAGAUCGACGAGCAACUGGCUCUAGCCAACAGUCCCUCGGCGUCUGUAGUGGCUAUUCCUGUAGGAUGUGGUGUACUUGGCCAUGCUGGUGUCAGGCACUACCGAAGUGCAGAAAGAAAAGGUGUCCCUCCUAAUAUCCUCACCGUCGAACCUGAUAAUGCUGCUUGUCUUCUACUCAGUCUGAAGUCGAAUAAGUUGCUAUCGAUUGACGCAGGCAGAAACAUCAUGCCAGGCUUGACAGGCGGGCAGAUAUCUUUCCUUUCAUGGCCGGAUCUGCAGCAUGGUGUCGAUGCUGCCAUUACUGUCGACGACGCAAACGUGGACAAGGCGGUGCAUGAUUUGGCAACAUUAGGCGUUUCCUCAGGGCCAUGUGGUGCAUCUACUCUAGCAGCACUACGUACAUUACAAUCAAAUGCUGACCCAAUGAAAUAUCAGGGUCUUGAUAUUGGAAAGGAUUCGGUCAUCGUGCUUGUCAGUACAGAGGGAAACUUUACGUAUCUUGGAGAGGGGAAAUGAUGUUGUACAAAAGUAUUAUUAGACUGACGCAAAGCAAUGUCGUAGUAUGCGCGGUGAAGUUAUUCUACUUUGGCAGAGUUCUAUGUUAUAAGGCUGUAGUAUGGUCUAUUUCAUGUUGCAGGCAAGCAAUUGAUGUUUUCUCGAAUGCUAUAAAGGGAUACCAAUUCUCCAAAGGGUUGUAAUGUGUGCAGUCUGAGUUUCAUGACGCUGUUGUUGUGGUACAUAAUGUUGUUGUGCAGCUUGUACACUGCGCAGGUGUUCAUUCUAGAACAGCUGUAAGCUUAACUUCGUACCACUGCAUCGUUCUACUGGCCGCCACAAUCAUGCACGCCACAUUUGCCAGCUUCUGUCGUCACUGUAUCCACAUUAGGAAAUGCAGAAAAGGGAUAAGCGCCACUGUUUAAAAAUAAACCCACCUGAAACAUCUAUGGCCGUGAAUCAACGC